AUGGGGAUCUUUAAAAAAAAGUCACGAUCGGACGUUUCUCAAAGUGAGAACUCGGCCCCCAGUCCCAGUAGUGCCGCUAGUUAUCCAGCGUAUUCUGGCACCAUCUACGAGCAACAGCAGCAACAACCAAACAAUGGGUCGCCUCGAUCCAUUGCCAGUGCUCCCAUAAAUGGAAGCAGUUACAAGAAGAAAAAGGGCUUUGGGUCCAAACUCAAAGGCUUGGUACGAAGCAACGGCAAGCAAAAGUCCGUUGGCGAUUCAUCCAAGAGUGUGGGUAGCAGUGCGAGUGAGGAACCACCGUAUGACCCUCCGCAACAAGUGAGAAGGCCUGUCAGCAAAGGCAAUAAUGACGAUAAUGACUAUUCGUCUUCGUCCAGUGAAGAAUUUCAUCAAGAAUUGGGAACCGUCACAGAAGUCAAUGAAGACGACUAUGACAGUGAUGGUGAAUUGAAACCAAAAUCCAAACGACGAAUCUCUCCUACUCCCAAAAAGAAACGAAUCCGUGCCAAAGCCAAACGAUUGGGCAGUGGUGGUGAAGAUGGUGAAUUUGCGGAAACCAUUACGCUGGUCAUUUUGCUAGUGGAUCCUACUACCAGACGAUUUGAAUUGUUGCAACUCGAACAAAAUCGUCCUCAAGACUUGAAGGUCAAGGACGUUUUAGCACAGGUCAAGACGUGUGUGACGGAAGCUUCGUUGAAGCAGCUGCAAUUUGUGGGAUUGGUGGAUCGCUUGUGCCAAACACACAAACCGAAUGUUCCUCUGACCAAGGCCAUGGGAUUUGAUGCCAAAAAGGACAUUUUGGUGGGAUGGCCGAUGGGGGUACCGGUGGAUCAAUUGGUGCAAAGUGUGCGACCGAUACUUGGGGAUAGGAAUAUGGGGAAAUUGUUGGAUAUGAAUGGAUUUGAUACCAAGGGGUGGGUCGAAAAGAAGAAAACCAAAGAUAGUAUUUUGGACAAGCCAACUUUGAUCAAGGAAGAAAAACAAGGUAGUACUCUAUCCAUUCUUGCCUUUGUGCUCAUUAUUGCGGCAAUAUUGGUGGGAGUGGAUACCUGCCUGGUGCACUUGGACCAAAAGGGUUUCUUCAUCCAGCCCUUGAUGGAUUGGGCCAAUGUCAUGGAAUCCACCAAGGACCUGGCGCUCCAAGGCGCUCAAGCGGCCAAGGAAGCCUUCAAUGGCAAUAACACGGCGGCUGUGGCCAUGGUCAAUACUACCUUUGCCGCAGUCGAAGAAAGUGCCAUGGAAGCGGUUGCGGAAACCAAGGCCAUGGUCAAGGAUUUCGUACCAGUCACGACGACAUUGCCGUCCUCGCCCAAGGUCAUGUUCGAUAAUGCCAAGGAUAUGGUUAAUAUGGCGGCUGUUCAAGCCAAGAUUGCAGAAGUGGUGUCGGAGGCAAGGGCUUCGGUACCGGCCAAGGUGGCAGAAGUGGUUUCGGAGGCAAGGACAAAUGUAUCUGCAGGUAUUUCCAAUGUUUCGGCGGGGAUUACGAAGACUAUUGCCAAUGCUUCGGCGGAUAUCACCAAUGCCAGUGAAACAAUUUCCAACACUGCUACUCCAAAGGCUGCUGCUGCUGCUGCUGUUGUGACUACCACCUCUCCGCCCAGCAAUAAUCCGGUGUGGGAAGACUAUAUUCUAAUUGGUCUGUUGGUGUGUUGGUUCCUGUACUGGAUGGCGAUCUGA